AUGUUGAUGAGAAGCACAUUGCUGCUUAUACUCGCUCAACUAAACUUUUUUUUUGACUUAGGUCUCUGUUCAUUCGAUAGUGGAAGCUCGCCCGGCUGCUCUCUCUAUGGAAAUUGUGGAAAGAAAAGCUUGUUUGGCGAUGAGUUACCAUGUCCUGUUCCAAACACAUUCGUGCCUCGCCAACUUUCUCAUAGAGGCCAGGAUCUUUUAGUGGAAGUAUGCGGCGAAGAAUGGAAAGACAAAAGCGACGUGUGUUGUAACGAAGACCAGAUUAACAAUCUUCAGAGAAACCUCAAGAAAGCUGAGGGGCUGAUAAUGUCCUGUCCUGCUUGCCACGAGAACUUCAAAACCUUAUUUUGUCAUUUCACAUGCUCUCCCAAUCAGCGAAGUUUUACAAAUGUGACUGAAACUCAGACAUCUACUGAUGGUAGAGAAAUAGUGUCUACCAUGGAAGUUUUGCUGGAUCCUCACUGGGCAUCAACGUUUUACGAUUCCUGUAAAAAUAUUAAAUUUGCUGCGACUAACGGUUAUGCGAUGGAUCUGAUCGGUGGGGGAGCCCAGAAUUAUGAGCAGUUUCUUAAGUUUCUUGGAGAUGAGAAGCCCAUGUUAGGCGGCUCUCCUUUUCAAAUCAACUACAGGUUUGAAUCUUUUGACGAAGACUGGCAACUCUUCAACGAGACCGUCUUCACUUGCGAUGAUGAAAAGUAUAAAUGUGCGUGUGCUGAUUGCAGCUCGUCAUGCCCUACAUUGACACCGUUGAUGAACAGAUCGCGUAAGAUAGCAGGACUACCUUACUUUUCAUUUGUUGUUGUUAGUGUAUAUUCCUUGCUGUUUGUCCUUAUAUUCGCUUGGCAUAUUUAUUACGCCAGUACAAGGAAGGAUCGCCUUGUCCUUGAGCAUGAAGUGGAGCAAGUACUGGACAUGGAUGCGAAUGACACGAUAUUUCAGGAACACACCUACAGAAUUUACGCGUUCGAUAAAGCAGUUGCUGACUAUAUGAGUACAGUAACCAACUUUUCACAGCAAAGGCCUUAUUUGGUCCUCUUGCUCACAUUUUUUGUGGUUUUGAUACUUACCAGCUGUGCUUGGCUGUUUGGAAGGCUUGAAACCAAUCCUGUGAACCUUUGGGUUAGCCAAAGUUCUCCAAAAUAUCAAGAGAAGCAGUACUUUGACGAAAAGUUUGGACCUUUUUACAGAAUCGAACAGAUAUUCGUCGUCAACGAAACAGGCCCGGUUAUGAGCUAUGAAAACCUUGAGUGGUGGUUCAAAGUUGAAAAGGAAAUAACCGAAAAAUUAGUUUCUCACGAAAACAGGGGGUAUCAAGACCUGUGCUUUCGGCCCACAGAUGACAGCAGCUGUGUAGUAGAAUCCAUGACUCAAUAUUUCGGUGGACAGCUUCCUCAAGAAAGUGAUUGGAAAGAAAAACUUCUGUCAUGUACUGAUUCUCCCGUCAACUGUCUUCCUACUUUUCAACAACCGCUCAAACCAAACCUUCUAUUCAGCGACGAAGAUGUAUUAAGCUCCAGAGCUUAUGUGGUCACGCUAUUAAUCAGUGACCAUUCUAGUUCAGCUUCGAUUUGGGAAGUGGAGCUCGAAAGGUACCUUCUGAGCCUAAAACUUCCCCCAGGGUUGAGGCUUAGCUUUAAUACUGAGAUGUCUCUGGAAAAGGAGCUGAACAGGAACAAUGAUCUUGCGAUCAUCUCCUUAUCUUAUUUGCUAAUGUUCAUUUACGCUUCUCGGGCAUUGCGGACUACUAAUGGUAAAAACCGUUUUUUGCUAGGAUGCUCUGGCCUUCUGAUCGUGCUGGGUUCUGUCACGUCUGCUGCAGGCCUCUUGAGUAUCAUUGGUGUCAGUUCAACCUUGAUAAUUGCAGAAGUCAUACCUUUCUUGAUAUUGGCCAUUGGAAUAGACAACAUUUAUCUGAUCACGCAUGAAUUUGAUAGCGUUAUGGACAGGAGUGAGUCCGGGGAUAUCGCACAGGCAAUGGAAAAAGCCAUUCGGAGAAUUUCACCCUCUAUUAUCAUGUCCCUCCUUUGCCAGCUGAGUUGCUUUUCAAUAGCAACUCUCGUGGAAAUGCCAGCUGUUCGUAAUUUUGCGAUCUAUUCUGCUGUGUCCGUUAUCAUGAAUGUACUUUUGCAAAUGACAGCGUAUGUGUCUAUAUUGACACUUUAUACCGGCUUUUUCCCAAAUAGACAAGCACCCGCGGCAUCCGAAACUCCUUACAUCAAAAGAAUAAAAACUCUUUAUAAUGGUUUUUUGGCCAGAAAGAGAAGGACCUGUUUUAUAUUUGUCUCUUGUACACUACUCUCGCUGAUAUUCCUACCUUACAUUGAAUUAGGGUUGGACCAAACUUUAGCUGUCCCUCAAGAUUCCUACUUAGUCGACUACUUCCGUGAUGUCUACGAAUUUCUGAACGUAGGACCACCUGUGUUCUUUGUGGUCAAAGAUCUUGACCUAACUCGGCGGGACAAUCAGAAAAAGAUCUGCGGUAAAUUCACGGCCUGUGAUGAAUUUUCGUUGGCUAAUAUUCUCGAACAGGAGCGUCAUAGAUCUACAGUUGUAGAGCCUUUGGCCAAUUGGUUCGAUGACUUUAUGAUGUUUCUGAAUCCUCAAUUAGACACCUGCUGUAGGUUGAAAAAGGGCACUGGGGAGGUAUGCCCGCCUUCUUUUCCAAGUAGGAGGUGUGAAACUUGCUUCGCUGAGGAUGAAUGGUCUUACGAUAUGGAUGGUUUUCCAGAGAGCUCGAGCUUCAUGGAAUACUUUGAUAUUUGGAUCAACUCCCCGAGCGACAACUGCCCUCUUGCCGGAAAAGCACCAUACUCGUCGUCGGUGGCGUACAACGAAAGGGGGAUAAGCGCUUCGACGUUUAGAAGUGCGCAUCGCCCUUUGAGGUCCCAGGAAGACUUCAUCGAAGCUUUCAAGGAUGCAGACCGCAUCAGCAAGUCAUUUGACAAUCUAUCAGUCUUUGCAUAUUCUCCAUUUUACAUUUUCUUUGCUCAGUAUGAAACCUUGGUAAGCCUUUCCUUGAGGCUACUUGGUUUUACUGCGCUAACCGUGUUCCUCAUAUCAUGGCUAUUUUUGGGCUCCGCUAUAACUGCUGUGCUACUUGUUCUCACUGUCGCAAUGAUCUUGAUUGACAUUGGUGCGCUGAUGUUCGCUCUAGGUAUAACUCUGAAUGCGGUUAGUUUGGUUAAUCUCAUUAUAUGCAUUGGGAUUGCUGUCGAAUUUUGUGUGCAUAUCGCACGUAGCUUCACUAUUGUGCCGUCUACUGUCAAAAUUGAUCGCCAGUCGAGAGUGGAAUUUUCCAUUAAUACGAUAGGGGGUUCAGUAUUCAGUGGAAUUACUAUGACAAAACUGAUUGGCGUUUCUGUUCUAGCUUUUACACGGUCCAAGAUUUUCCAAUUGUUCUAUUUUCGGAUGUGGUUCAUCCUCAUCGUGCUCUCAAGUCUCCAUGCCCUGCUCUUCUUGCCAUCUCUGCUCUCUUUAGUUGGCGGCAGUAGCUAUGCCCAUGUUGAGUCUGGAGAGACCGAAUAG